GUUACAGUUAGGCUGGAACGACACGAUGUGUCUUCUUGAGAUCCUACGCGCUGAGAGGACGCGCAUGCGAGAAGACGGAUGUGGCGAAUAUAAGGUUUUGGGAUUUACAGAGAGAGAACCAGUCUCAUUGCUCGGCUCUCUGGACACCAUGGUGUUUCAAGCAAUGGGGAAACUGCUGGGGUACAAGCACCGGACCAAGUCUAUAAACAAGGACAAAAAAGAGAAAAAGGGCUCCAUAGAGCCCGAGAAGAUGUACCUGGAACCUCGAUACACAGCUGCCCGCAUUGUGGAAGCUGAUAUCCUUAUGUUGGUAGCAUUACCAAAAGGUCUAAAUGUGGAUGAGUGGCUGGCCAGCAAUGCCUCUGCCUUUUAUAACCACGUGAGCCUUUUCUACGGCGCCAUUUCUGAAUUCUGCACAAUAUCAUCCUGUCCCACCAUGAAAGCCUGGUCCGUCCAAUACCAGUGGACAGAUGAGAAAGGCCGGAAGAAGAAGUGUUCAGCCCCACAGUACGCAGACUAUGCUGCCAGUAUUAUUCAGAAGCUCCUGACAAAUGAAGAUCUGGUUCCAACAAAGCACUGUAAAGAAUUCCCGAAGUCCUUCAGGCCAUCCAUACAAAAGACUUUCAGGCUUCUCUUUCACCUCCUGGGGCACAUCUACACGUGCCAUUAUAAGAUGGUGGUCAACUUGGAUAUGCACCCACACCUGAACACCCUCUACUUGCAUCUCCUGCUGUUCUGUGCGGAGUUUGAACUGCUUGAUUCAAAAGAGAUGGCGCUAAGCGAAGACCUGACCACAGCUCUGAUUCGCUCCAGUCCCGUGCCCAAGACUACAGGAAGCCAUUCGCGGAACACCUGAAAUAAGCCAAGGAACUCAUCUUUAUACCUAUAUAUAUAUAUAUAUAUUUUCUACUGCCACACAGACAAGCUUUACACCACGUGCAUUACAAAGAACAAUAUUAUUACAUAUCAAUAUACCAGAUUGUAUACUGAGUGGCACGCUUGCUGUUGGCCAAAGUGGACGUUAAAAAUCUGAGCAGCGGAUUGGCUGGAAAGUCUUGCAAGAGAACAAAUGAGAGUGGGGACCAGUAUGGUGCUUUUGUUCUCAGACAUUCAAGGAGACAGUGUUGAUGGCAUAAAAUUCAAACACUGAAUGUGGGUGGCCAAAAAUGUGCCAUCCAUAGUAGAGAGAGAGAGAGAGAGAGAGAGAGAGGAAUGCUAUAGUUGCUACGCAAAUGCUGUAUUGUGGAACAGACAAUCAAUAACCAUUUGGACUCAAUGUUUUCACUAUUACACAGGUCAGAAAUUCCAAAUGAGGAGAAUAUCGUCCUUUUUUUUUGUAUCUUUACUCACAAAUUUUAUCAUCGACGGGGACAGCGUUACAGUUGAGGUUUCUAUAUUUUACUUGGGGGACUUGUUACUUUAAAAAAAAUGCACUUAACUUUUGUAAUUUAUUCAUUUGAGUAUAAAAAACAGAAAUGAAAAGAAAA